CGUCAUCGAAAUUAGUAUCGAAUCGAGCGUAGACUCGAUACGAUCGGUGCCGAGAACGGUUGAUUUUUUCCAGUCUCCUUGAUCACCGCUACUAAGCAUUUUUCAAAGUCUCUUUGUGCGAUACAACAAAAGCAGAAACUAUGUCCGAUAACUACUACGUCGACGAGUACGAGCACUUCAACUACGAUUACGACAAGCACAUUUUCACCGGUCACGGUGGCAAACAACGAUCGAAACGCGAAGCCGACGCUCAUACCAAUCAUUUCGAUCCGAGCGGCCAUUCCAGAAAGAUCUUAACGAAGCUCAUGAAUUCCGAACAUAACAAGAGACAACAGGGAAAGACCAAAGCGUAGAUAGAUUCUGGUCCUUUAACAUUGGCCGUUACACCUCCGUGGAAGUAUUAUCUCAUCUCGACUUUCUACCAUCCGGAGAUACGGGGACUCUCGGCUAUAAACAAAAGCGUUGUCGACAAAUGCAUUUAUUCAUCGAUCAUGACUUCUCAUUCGCAAUAAAAUUACUAAUAAGAUAGAUAGCGUUAUGUGAUAUCGGAAUAGUCUUUCGAUAUUCGAUAGUUUAUAAGUUUCUUUUUUCUUUUUUCUUAUUCGGACUACUCUUAGAGAAGAUAUUAUUAGAUUAUGGAGUUUCUACGACACGUCAAGACCGUCGACUAUGUUCGCGCUCGGAGAAGCACGAACGAUCGACGUCGUUUGCAUACAUGCCAUUGAUUCGUUCGUAAAAAAGGAUGAACCAACGACAAAACAAAACAAAAAAGAAAUACGAAACAAUCGCGAUUGUAAACUUCGGCCAUCGGGUUUGAAUAUUAAACGAAACGACAUGAGCUUUACUCUCUUAGCUCGUCAUUACUUCUCGUCAAAUCGUUACUUCUAGCAUCGAUAAGUUUUUUUUUUCCAACUUGUAUCAUGAAAGAUCUUUGAUACUUAAGUGUGUUAUAUUACGUUAAAGUCUGUGUAAUAAUUGACAUACACGAAAUAAAGACUAAUAAAAUAUCUUUCCGAAUGUUA